AUGGUUUCCACCUUUGACGGUAGCAUGACCCCUGGCUCAAAUCCACUCACACUCCCACACUCGCCGUCAUUUGCCUCUACAAUCGAGAAGGUCGAGAUUCCUCUCCUGGUUGAGCUCUUAUGGGUUCCAACGUUUCUCGUAAUUGCCAUCUUCCUGCAGAUCCCCCAACCGGGCCCUACCCGUGUUGCAUUGGGACUUGGAGUCUUCACCACCGUAUGGUCCUAUGCGCUUACGCACUGGGUCGCCCAUCCGUCGUUUCUUUUCAGUCCCAUGUUUGGCUUUGCGGUGACAGUGAGGUGGGUAUAUAUGAAUGUCUUCGAUACGGCAGAGGUCAGCUUUGUGCGGCUAGCUCAGGGGCAAGGUGUCAGAGAAUCACCGCUACAGUUCGGCUUCUGGAGAAAGGCCAAGUGGAGCGCCGACCUUUGGUUCUCCUGGCGUGGUGUUGGGUGGAACUGGGAGGUCUCGAGCAUCCCUCGUUCAGGAAGGGAGAUGACAACUCGAAAACGGUGGCUGGUGAUCGAGAUUGCAGCUGCCGUCGCAAACUUCGCCGCGCAAAAGGUCACGAUUGACCAUGUCUUUUGCCGCUAUUAUCCCCCCAGCAAUACCGUGGAAGCAUUUACCAGUCUCUCACUGGUCCAGCGUCUCUGGAUCAGCAUCAUCCAUCUAGCUUUAGGGUGGUUGUUUCUGGACAACGUCAACCGCAUCAUUGCCAUCGUUGCCGUUGCAGCUCGUCUCUCGCCCCCUGGAACCUGCCCUCCCAGCUUCGGUAGCUUAACAGACUGUUACACAGUCAGAAACUUCUGGGGCAAAACCUGGCAUCAAACAUUCAAAUGGAACUUCAACAGAACAGGCGAACUAGCCGCCAGAGGUAUCGGAGCCAAGAACGGGUCCUUGCUUCGAAGGUAUACAAAACUCCACAUUGCCUUCCUCAUGUCCGGAGUCCAGCAUUACAUUGCCACCUUGUUCGUCCCAUCCCCUGCUUGGGCGUGGGCUAUGUGUGGCCAGAUGGUCAUGUAUGCUAUUAUCAUUACGGUUGAGGAUGCGAUUAAAGCGCUGGGUGUGCACAUAGGCAUCAAGCCAAGCUUCCUGACAUAUCUUGCUGGUUAUCUUUGGUGCACCUUCUGGGUUCCCUUUGUGUAUCAGUUUGUAUUCAUCUACGAUAUUGAUGUCGGCUUCUUCAAUGGCAGCUGCCCUAUGUAG